AGCGAUCCGCCCUUCUCGUUGUCGAAGAGCUGCGUCGUCCGGGAUUGUGAUUUUCCGCUCACCGAAACUGGCGGCCUGGUACCGUGCUUCGGGCAAAACGUCGACGACUUCUACAACUUGGACGUCACCGAGUUCCCCGUCAUGAAGCUGGCGUAUUCCCAAGACGAAACGCGGGUGGACUUCAUCUACAAGUGCUGGGACCCGUUUCAGAACGGCUCGCAGACGGUCGAUUACGAAUGGCAAGACCGGCAUUGCCUGGUUUCAAAACACCUCGAAAACGCGAUGGACCGAUGCCUGGACUGCCCGCUUGGCUACGAAAACAUUGCCAUUGGUGAAGAACCGAUGAUGCCACGCGACUCCUCCUGCCGGCCGAUACCUGGAUUUGUCAAGAAAAUCACCCAGCCGUCCUGGAACUAUCCCGAGCUGCAGAUGAUCGAGCUGGUGCCGCGCGAGGGGUAUUGUCCUAGCGGUACGACGCGAGACGUGACCGAGCCAACCAGAUGCAUCGGCUGUCCGGUCAAUUGCCAGCUGUGUGCCGUUAAGGGGGAAUGCAUCCGAUGCCGACAGGACUACCAGCCGACCUACGACAAUUCCGCUUGCAUCAGUGCUCCAUUUCCGCUGCAAAUUCAUCACUGCCCAAGUGGUUCGAUGCUCUACGGGAUCCGAUGCAUCAAGUGCUCAACAUUCCUGCGCAACUGCGUCCAUUGCGGCGUGACCCCGAUCGGACAAAAGAAGCAAGAAUUUGCAUGCCAAGAGUGUCGGCCCGGCUACUUCUUGAGCCGAACGCACCGCCGGCAAAAGUGCACCAGGCUUUGCAACAUAGGCUUCUACUUCAACACGACUGCCGGAAUCUGCCAAAAAUGUCCGGGAUGGUGUCGGGAGUGUGACAUGAAUGGUUGCCGGAAAUGCGCAAGUGGUCUUUAUAAUUUACGCACGGCCCACCCUUCGCACCACGUCACCUGCUACUACCACUGCCCCCACUGGACGUACCCGGUCAACCGUUUCCCGUUCCGAUGCGAGCCGUGUGCGCCAGAGUGUCGUAGUGGAUGUUAUGGCCCCUCCCGCCAAGAGUGCUUCAUGUGCUGGCUAAACGGCGCGGUCAACCACAAGGGGUUAAUUCCCAAGUGCUUCCAACUGAGCGCCAUUCAGCUCACCUUAUUGUCGCUGAGCUUUAGCUCCGAGUUCGUCCAUCUUAUGGGUCCAUAUGAAGCGAUGAGCCUGGAAGCGACGCACGUGAAGAUCAAGUCGUUCGGCGUCGGCCAGGAGAUUGGCAUCCUCAGCAGCGAGUUCAACAGCUGGACGGAGGCGCAGGAGUACUACAGGGACAAAAACCUGACCGAGAAGUACGCGCCGUGGUGUAAUGCGAGCACUUGUCUGGACAACUGCCUAAGGCCGCAUCCAGACACGAACAAUCCCGAGACGUUCUUUCAUCCAUGCCCCAAAUGCCAUCCCGGCUACGUGAAGGACCUCUGGGGAAACUGUGUCGACGAGUGCAAGGAUGGGACCUUUCGCGAUGAUCUCCUCCAACGCUGCGUCAUCUGCGACGAGCCGCUCAAGUGCAACAAGUGCAGAUGGAAACCGAAAAUGCUGGCGUUCUACAGCCGGAUGAGCAUCAAGCACUACGCGCUGCUCGCCCAGUCGCCCAUGUACUGGCAGUCGGAUCUUUCGGAGGAGGGAGCCCGCUUCACCGGCGAGAUCGACGACGCCGAGCUGUUGUGCUGGCGCUAUGAAGAAGUGAUCCGCGAGGCAGCGUGGGCUGAGCUCGAGCUUUGGGUGUACCUGAGGAAGACGAGGAGCAAGAGCAGCAGCUCCCGGAAUCGCGCGUUGCUGACGUCGGUGCUCGGGCUUUUGAGGGUGACCAGCUCGACCUCCAGCUCGGCCCACCCCCGGGCAUUCGGCUACAACUCGGCUCGCGUCAUCAUCCGGCCAAAUCUUCACCAUCGGGCCCGGUUAAACAUGAGGCUAAAGAAGACGAUCAGCACUCGCCCGACUUACGUGACUGCUACAAGGCCGACUUUCGAGACAGCAACGACGCAAGAGAGCCGAGUGGCUACUGAUGAAGCCCAGUCGUUCACCUACGAGACGCCGACCACCGGCACGGGGACUCGAGAAAUCCCAACCCUUACCCGUGAACAGUUUGAAGUUGCCGCGCCGCUCCCUGUCAGCUUGUCGAGCAGAGUGCCAAAGAAAACCAUGUCGACCUCGCGCUCACAUGUCCGGAGCACGACGUCGACGACCGAGAAUACGAUCCUAACACCAAAAUGCCCCGACCGCUCGUCAAAUCAGAGUUCCACCACGACGCGCUCGCACUCACGCCCGAAGAGCACGACGUCGACCGGGGAGAAUACGAUGGUGCCCCGGGAGCAUGAGGAGAAGCUGGACAAAGCAGCUGCCAGGCGUUCAAGGGCAAAGAGCACGACGUCGACCACGGAGAAUACGAUGGCAGCCCGAAUCGAUGAAGCCGAAAAUCCUCGCCCCACUCCCGAUGGAUCUCCGGAUCGAACCGAGUGG